AUGUCUGCUGCCCCGAUUCCGGUCAUUGACCUCACCGGAGCCGACGAGGGCGGUGCUGCCCGCGACGCCGUGGCUCGCGCUCUUGUCGAGGCUGCCGUCGAGCACGGCUUUGUGUACAUUCGCAACACGGGGCUGGACAUUCCAGCGUCGGCCAUCAACGGCGCUUUUGACAUUUCUCGCAAGCUGUUCCAGCUGCCGACCGAGGAGAAGGAGCCCUGCAAGAUCCAGACCAACAACCGCGGCUGGACGGGCAUGCACGUCGAGACGCUCGACCCCAAGACACAGCGGGUCGGCGACACGAAAGAGUGUGUUUUCGCCUUCCCCCCCAAACACAGGGCCUUCAACUUUGGCGAGUUUGUCGACGGCAAGGCCCAGCAGCCGCUGCCCCCGUCGCUCGCUUCGGACGAGCCGCAGAUUGACGCCUUUUUCGACCUCUGCUACCGCCUCUGUCUGAAGCUCAACGACCUGCUGGGCAUCGGCCUCGAGGUCAACCCGCCCGAUUUCUUCACCGCCGCUCACCGCAAGGCGGCCGGCCCGUCGGGUAACACGCUGCGGCUGCUGUACUACCCGGCGCGUCAGGACACCGACGAGGACACCGACGGCGUCCGUGCGGGCGCGCACUCCGACUACGGCUCCAUGACGCUGCUCUUCCGGCUGGCCGGCCAGGCGGGUCUGGAAAUCAACACGCGCGACGGCAGCUGGGUCCCCGUGCCCGUGCUGCCCUCGGGCACCGGCGUCGAGACCGACGCCGCGCCUCCCAUCCUCGUCAACAUUGGCGACCUGCUGUCCUACUGGACGGGCGGGCUGCUGCGGAGCACCGUACACCGUGUGAUUUUCCCGCCGCCCGGUGUCGAUGGCGCCAACGUGACGCCCGGCGAGAGCACCAAGGAGCCGCGGUACUCGAUUGCCUUCUUCUGCCACCCCGCCGGCGCGAGCCCGCUGUCGGCCGUCCCCAGCAAGCGCGUGGCCGAGGCCGUGGCCGAGGCGAAGGGCAAGGGCAAAGCCAUUGCGGCGCCCGACAGCACGAUCAUGACGGCGGACGAGCACCUGCAGAUGCGCCUCCGCUCGACGUACCUGGAUCUCUACGAAAAGUAG